AUGAAGCAAUCAUUAAAAAAAGGAGAUGUGUUUCAGGUGGUACAGGUCGAGAACUUUGAAGAGUGGACAGGGGAUGUGUUUCAAAGUAAUAAUCAGAACAGGUGUGCAGAGAUGGUGACAGUUUGUUGGGCGAUAUGGAGGCACAGAAACGAUGUGGUAUGGAAUAGAAAAUUCUCAAAUGUAAACAGAGUCGCAGCAUCAGCAAAGCAGUACCUUUUACGGUGGAAAUUUGCCCAGGUUAAUUGUUCUAGUGCACCAUCCAGGUUUGAAGUUCAAGGGGACGGUGCUAUUACUUGGGUCAGGCCUCAAGAUAACUCAAUAAAGGUAACAGUUGACGCUGCUCUAUUUGAAAAUCGAGAUGAAUAUGGUCUGGGUUUGGUAGCUAGAGAUGCAGAUGGCAAGGUGGUCGCUGCAAGAACUCAUUGUUUCGCAGACAAGGUGUCAGCAGAGGAUGCAGAAGCUUUAGCCAUCAAAGAGGCGUUGUCCUGGAUCAAAGAACAUGACUGGCAGGAGGUGUUAAUGGAAUCAGAUUGCUUGGCGGCUGUGCAAGCAAUUAAAAGUACAGUGGAGAUGAGAUCAAGCUUUGGUUUAGCGGUGGAAGAGUGUCGGCGGGAGCUCCGACUUUCAAACAUAUUAUCUUUGUUAUUCAUUAAACGAUCUGCUAAUACAGUUGCUCAUUGCUUUGCUAGAGCUUCGUUUAAAUACCCUGAUCGUAGAUUUGGUAGGACUGAUAUCCAUACAGAAUUUCUUGAUUGUAUUUUGUUGGAGUCUAGUAAUGAAUAA